AUGACGGAAACAGUACCACCACCCCCAAAUACCACCUCAGAAAAAGUUGAGCAAAAUGGCACAGAUGUACCUGCUGCCAAAAAGGUGAAGCAACCCAAAAAGUUCGUUCGCAAGUACAGACCUAAGGCUGUUGAUCCAACUGCGCCAAUGGGAGUGCUUCAAUAUGAAAUCAAAGACAUUUUAAAAGGACAUCUGCUCACGGAAAAUGAUAUUCAAAAUGAUAUGAAGGAAGUCUUGAACGACUCCGCCGCACAAGAUAUAUACCACCGAGUUGUGGAUGAUGUUGAGAUCUCGAGACUCUCUUCCAAUGGUGAUGGUAUAGCACUUAUACCGCAUCCAGUCAACUCCGACAAGAAACAAAUUGUACUCAUUCCAUUCGGAUUUCCUGGCGAUACUGUCAGUAUCAAGGUAUUUAAGACCCAUCCUCUUUAUGCCGAGAGUGAUCUAUUGAAAGUCACCAAGCAAGCACCUGUCAGAAACGAAGACUUGAUACUGUGCAAAUACUUUGGAAAAUGUUCCGGAUGUCAGUACCAAAACGUCGAAUAUGAGACUCAGCUUGAAUUUAAAAGACAAACAAUUGUCAAUGCAUACAAAUACUUCGCUCCUUUGUCUAGCGCUGGAAAGUUACCUGAGGUUGGAAAGACCCAAUCCUCGCCUUUGCAAUACACAUACAGAACAAAGCUCACGCCCCACUUUGAUGUGCCGCGCCGAAUUCCUGCCGACUAUGUUAGACCAUCAUUUGGUUUUGGGCUGAAGGGCAGACCCCAAUGGAGAGAGACUGAGGGUGGAUCUCAGCUGAUAGUGGACAUCGAAUCCUGCCCCAUUGGCACUGAAAUCGUGAAUAAAGGAUUCAAAAAUGAAAGAGCAAGAUAUGUUGAGGAAUUCAAAAAAUACAAGAAGGGCUCGACCGUUUUGCUACGCGAGAAUACAACAAAGGUCGAGGAGAACGGCCUGUUUGACACAGGUAACGCUUCUACAGACGCUGAAAACAAAACCUCUGAGAUAGAAACUGAGAUAGAAGGCAUCAAGUACGUCAAAACUUGCGUGACAGAGCCUCGCCAAGUCGUGAGGGAAGUCGUUAAUAACUACACUUUUGAGUUCAGUGCUGGAGAAUUUUUCCAGAACAAUAAUCUGAUUCUUCCCAUUGUUACAGACUAUGUGAAGCAAAACUUGCAAAUUAAAGGUUCUGGGCCUGAUGAGCCUAACUAUUUGGUGGAUGCAUACUGUGGAAGCGGCCUUUUCUCGAUUACUUGUCUGUCAGGAGUAUCAAAGGUUAUUGGGGUGGAAGUGAGCGCGGACAGUGUCAAAUUUGCUGAGAGAAAUGCUAAACUCAAUGGUAUCGAAAAUGCAAAAUUCAUUGUUGGCAAAGCCGAAGAGAUCUUCAAGAACAUAGACACCCCCGCCAACAGAACGGCAGUCAUCCUUGAUCCACCUAGAAAGGGAUGUGACCAUGUAUUCUUGAACCAAUUGGCCGCUUAUUGUCCUGCAAAAAUUGUUUACAUUAGUUGCAAUGUUCACUCCCAGGCAAGAGACAUCGAGUGGUUCCUCAACGAAACUACUGAGGGGGCUAGAUAUGCCGUUGAGAGUCUUAAAGGAUUUGAUUUCUUUCCGCAGACACAUCAUGUUGAGUCUGUCGCUGUCUUAACACUUAAUUAA